AUGGCAUGGAAAUCGCUUCUUUUGCUCAGCUGGCUGUGCGUAUUGCUGCCUUGUGUCGCAGCUUCGGAUCUCGUUGUGAGAAACCUGCCUGGGAAGACGUCUGAUGAGACCGUCUAUGAGGUCCGACGGCGGCUUGCCCACAGGGUGAAGAGAGCCGGCACAAAUGUCUUGUUUGAUAACUCGACUUCUUUUUCCCUAGGCCUCGACGGCGUAACGAUCUUCAAGUACCCAUUUCUCAGUGACGGCCCAGCAAGCAUCACCAUCGUAUGCACAAAAUGCUAUGUCAAAGGCCAAGCCAGCGCAAAGCUCACUGCGGACGGCUCGUUCAAUAUCAGCAAGGCCAUUGAUCAAGCUGAAACCAGCUUUGAGAACACGUUUCACAACCUCACAGACUACGCCGAUGACCUCGUAAAGGGAUGGAUACAUAAUUUCUCAAUCACAGAUAUCGAGGGGACACUUGAUAAGGUCAAGGAUGUCAAGCCUCCGACUAUCGACCUGGACCUUGACAUCAAGCUUCCAGAGUACAACGUGGCUGUGAACUUGACAGACGUGGAGAUAUACAUGGAGAUUGACACCAUUCUCUCAGCCGGCAUCACGUACACAUUCAACAUCUAUCAAUCCGAAACGAUUGUAGGUGUAGCUCUUGGGGACGACUUGCUCCUAGGCGCCGUCUUCUCAAUUGAUCUUAUUUUCAGCGUGGACAGCCAGAUUGAUAUCCGCAGCGGGUUUCACGUCCGCUUCGACAACAUAAUAACACAGAUUGUCCUCUUUGGCAAAGAAGCCUCAAAACUAGACUUUGACGGCGGCAAGAUUGCAUUCCUCCCCGUAACAAUCCAAUACGGCCAAGUCAUACUCAAGGCAAUCCUUCGUGUCGAAGCCCGCAUCGGCAUCGCCUUCGAAACCUUCGUAGGCCCCCUUGACAUCCCGUCAAACUUUCUCGGGCCCCUCAAGAUCGGCGCCGGAGUGGAAGCUCGCAUCUACGCCAAUGUUGCCGAGUUCAUCACAAACAUCACUCUCAACGAAGUCGACUCUCUUGUCAAGAGAGAUGAUGACAACGACGAUGACAACUGUCAGUUAACCAUUGCUCAGGGCUUCACCUUUGGCAUCGGUGCCGCAGCUGGUGCCUCUGUCGAAAUCCUUGGCAACACCUGGGGCCCUUCGCCAGAGACUGAGAUUCCCAUCUUCUACACCACAUUGGCGUCGGCUUGUAUAACUAGCAAGUCCUCGCCACCAGCAACUACAGCCACAACCACAGCCAAAACAGCUUCUUCAUCUUCAUCAGCUCCCGGGAAGCGUGCCGAGAGCCAGUCAGUGACAAGCACAGUCACCACCACGACCCAAGUCGCUACCGUCUGCCUCUCAUCCGGUCUGGUCAACUGCCCUGCCUCCCUGCAAAGCGUGACAAGAAGCGUCGUCACACAGACGCUCACGUCCACCAUCAUGCCCGGUGUGUCUGUUGUGUGGUCCACAGGCCCCGUGUCUACCUUCCAGACCGUCGACUUUCAGGACGACGCCGUGACCAUGACGAGCUCAUCCGGAAAGCCAAAGUCCUACACGCCACCUCCCCCUCCCCCUCCGCCAACAAGCACAUCAUCAUCCACAUCGUCAGCCACAGACGAUCCAUCAUCUCAAGAAAAGUCCGGAAAGCACCGCGUGAGCAACGCCGUCAUCAUCGGCGUCAGCGUUGGCCUCGGCGUUCCUGUCCUCCUCGCCGCCAUUGGAGCAUUCAUUUAUUUCUUCCGGCGACACCGCAAAGCGUCCAUGUUGGUGCCAGCAUCGGCUACUACUUCUGUGGGCAAGGCUCAACCAGUCGUGGCUACUUAUGCCCCAGUCCGCCCAGAAGACGAUUGA